AUGAUACUCUUUUGUUUAGAUCUGCCGUCGGUGGUUAGUGGUAGCUCAAUCGGUUUUCUUGAUCCUCAUGGAUCUUAUUUUUCUACAUCAUUACAUCCAACAAGAGGAAGACGUAUUGAAUUCUUGAAAAAUCGCGAUGCAAUAAUAAAAUCUUUGGAUCAAUUUAAACCGUACAUAAAUAAAGUAGCAGGUUUAGAUUUUACAAGAUCAUUCCCUGGUACAUUAUUUCGAUUUCCCUUUCGAAAUGCAGAUGCUUGUAAAACAACAAAACUUUUCACCCAGACACCAGGGCCUAUUUCUGAGGAAGAUAUUCAAAACCUGGUGAAAGGUUUUCUCGAUGAUCUCAAAUAUAAUAUCCUGUUUCUUCGGAACAUACGUUUGAUCGAGUUGUAUGAAAUCGGCCCAAAACUACGAGAUCAUAAAAGAUUAGCGUGUAUUUCUGUUGAACGAUCAACUGAUAUUGAGUCUCGCAGCUUAAUGCAAAGUAAAAUUAUUCAAAGAUGUGGUUUAAUUGACGAGAAAAUGUUCA